AAAAUUAUCUUGGAAAGUGGUGUAACAAUUUUAGUGGUGUCUCAGAGUCAUCAUUCGAGUGCAAAGAGUUACAAAAUCAUUGAGUACUUCUUGCCAAAUAUCUAACUACCGCUAUAUGCGAUGCCGUAUCGAUGGUUACCUGGUUCCUCGAGAAACUGUAUCAACGAAGGGGUGCAAGCCUCUGUCUCGGCAGUGGAAGCGGGCGUUGCUUAUAUGGCGGCGCGGUACCAACGGGGACCCCUUCUCACAAAACGGCCCGGUAUCCGGUAUCCCUCCCAUCAUUGACAAAGACUUAACACCAACCAAAAACUGGGUCGUUUUACGCAUCGUGCUACCAAGUACUCAAUCUUCGAAAAACCUGCUCCGUGGUGAUUGACAGGCUAUGUUCGCCAUCGGCCAAUCAUCGGCUCUAUAUUUCGCAACGAAUAGAUCCUGCCUAUUAGCGGUUCGUAAUUGUGUCCGCAUCGUGACCUAAACUGGAACAUGCCUGGGUCAAAAUCGAGCCGGCAAUCAAAUUCCAAGAGAAAGCUAUUAUUUAACCCAGACAAAGGGUUUGCCAAUCGAGUCAGAUCUCAUCGUUCUUUAAACAUCGCUGGUCUCGUUUCUCUAAUGCAAAUCUAUAGAAUUAUUAUACAAAGAAAUUCAGAUUUUCUUGUUUAUGGUGUGGGCGGACUCUUGUUAAUUUUUUCGUUGAAAAUGAAAUUCCUACAAUGAACCAAUCGACCAUGAGUGGAAUACGAGAAACGAGAUAUCUCGUUUUUUCUUUCUUCUUCUUCUUCUUCUUCUGUUCCUUUUCUCGUCCGCGAAUUUGUGGACGCGAUUUAUCGAGGCGAUUACUGAGAAGAUCGUUUAUAAAAUGAAUUACAUAUUGCCGGCGACGUGACAGCUAUUUACACGGAAAUAAAAGAAAUACCGGGGUAGUACGCGGAGACGCAGAUUGCUGGAUCGAGACUCCCGGGCCACGAUAAUGGUUGUGCAACGUUUUCAUCUGGAUCGUUCGAAAGAGUAAAAUCUGAUCGCGGUCUCUCUCCUCCCCUUGGGCCCAUCCGACCUUGUAACACAGUCGGGUUGGGCAAGAUCCGAUAGCCGAGAGCACCGCGCGUCGAAGGUGGUAUAAAAAUAUUGCUCAUUACGCGUUAUGCCUUUUAUACUAAUCUGAAAAGAACUUUCGCGAUAUAAAUUCGACGUCGCGGCUACAGCCCCACCGAUGGAAUAUUAAUAUAUUCAAUACAAUAAUUUGUUUCAGGUUCGAGCCAACCUUGGAUCCGAUCCGGUUCGGAACUAGUUCGCGAAAAAUCUAGGACGACCGUCGUUUCGCAACGACGACAACGCAUACGUGACACAUCGAUGAUCGAAAUUUCUACAGAAUUAGUUCGGAGAUUCUUUGGAAAAGAAGCUCCAAAAUCUAGAACGUGGACGCCGUUAUACGUCGACGACCAAAGGAAACGCUUUGCUUUCUUUUCGCGUAAAAGCUCCGACAGCUCCCGUUAACGGGACGAAAUUGCAGAGUUCAGGAAACCACGGAUCUCCGUUAAUGAAUCAGCUGUGGAAUUAAAAGAGGAUUAACAGUCGAAUAAUCAGCCAGUGGAGUAAUAUAGUCGAGCGAUUUUCAAGGACACAAGGUCGAACACAUACGCAUCAGACUCGUGUACACGCGGAUUUUUAAUUGGAUCGCAUUCGCUUGUAAACUCAUGAAGAACGGGGAUGAAGAAAGAAAGAAUCGGUUGGUCAUGAAGAAAGAGAAAGAAUCAGUUGGUCAUUUAGCCGUGAAACGAAACUGUCGAUGAGUCGGUAAAUAUGUAUUAAACGUGCCAUUUUCGGGUCUCCCAUAUGCGCACGCACACGACCACGCAUACGCGUACGCGUCGCGGCGAACGGUUCUUGUUUUUCCUCUGUUUUUUUCAUUAUUUUUUUCGUUCUUUUUUCGGGCGUGAUCACGCACGUUUGUCCAUUCUUGCUCGAUCAGCGAUCUCGUUCCGAUAAGCGGCGUCCUCUCGUUCUGAUCGACGAAACUGAAAGUGAACCGAAACAAAACCUUACCAAACCGUCCGCCCCGUGUGUUACGUGUACGCGCACGAACUGGACGUCCUUCUUUCGUAAUUCCGACCAGUCCCCGAAAGCAUAAAAACCGAAAAUAUUUUGUUACACCCGCCAAACCAUUCGGCUACACCCUAAGUAUCUACUCUUCACGGCACACAACCUGGUCGUUAAUCAAUUGAGCACUGGACCCGCGAACCUGUUCUGACACACUAUGAGUUUCAAAGAUUCUACCAUGACCUUCGACACCAGUAGUUCUUGAUCGCGCGCAAGCACACAAAGUCACAGCUUCGUGAACAUUAUUUUACAUUCAUUCAUCGUACGUUAUUAUUAUUCAAAACUAUUUUAUGCGUUCAAUCGUUUUUCCUACGUCGACUUUUUCAACUUUUCCCGCAAUGAUUGUAAAAUUAAUUUUGCCAGAAACACAUACAGUGACCAACAAAACUGUAACUGUACCUUUUAAAACGCGUUAACUUUGUUUUAAAACUGGAUUAAAUGACUUGGAUUUUUGUCAAACGAUAGAGGGACUAAUCAACCGAUUGUCUAAAAUACUUUGUUUUUUUUGCUGUUACUUAAGAUACUCGAGGUCAUAAUAUUGCAGGUUGUUGGAUUCGUGUUGACCUUGACUAUCAGAGUGAUAAGAAAAAUGUAUCAUACCAUUUAAAACACUUCGAUGACCUUGAAAUCUCAGAAGAUAUAACCUUGGACAAACAAUGUUUUCCUCUGAUAUCUUUUUACUAGCAUGAAAAACAAGCGAGAUAUUUUAGAUGCCCGAGUUAGGUGAGACACCCGGUAUAUUAAAGCGUGGUUUAAUGCACCGAUUGCUGCAUAUGCUCCAAGCCAGGAUUUACAAUUUUUGCAACAACUUUACAUUGUAUAAAGAAGUUGACAACAGAAUAAGCGAAGUAACAACACAAAUUUAGUAGGAAUUUAUGAUAUUCGAUUCCAAAAUGUGCAGCAUUAGCUUUUUUGAUAGAGAAUUGUCUUCUAAUAUAAAGAGGCGUACGAUUCAAAAUUUGAAUUCUGAACGAACACUUAUAUCAAGCGAAAGGAUUAUUUUUAAUGGUAUAAAAAAUUUUAUUACUAUUGACAUAGAAAAUUUGAUCUCAUCGCAAUCUUUUACGAAACUUUCUUUUUAAUUUAAACUCCUAUAACUAAGGACCAUCCCAGCAUACAUACAUAUCGUAUUUGUCAAUUUAUCGAUUAAAAUUAUUAGUUACGCCUGAUUCUUAUCAUUUAGGAUGAUAAAUGCGACAUUAUUUAAGGUUCUACCUAACACUAAUCGGAAAUCAAGCGACACAAUAGAAGGUGGUACAAAUCUUGAAAUAGUUUCGUUAAAUUGAAUUUCGAUCAUUUUAUUGUAGCUUUCGAAUAGGACUGCUCUGCGCAGCGGCCCCUUAUAGUCGAUUUCAGAUUUGAAACGGUAUCAUGCUGGGUUGCAUGUUCACAGGCGCCGAGCUUUGACUCUGGUCUACUAGAUGGCCGAGAAAUUCCCUGUUUCAAAAUAAAAUCGCAUAGAAUAACCGAAUUUUGUGUACCGGCCACCCUACUAGUACGGCUGCAGCAAAUAGGGCUUUCAAUCUAGAAAGGCGGUAAAUGUCAAUGCAUGUGUUCCCUGUGAUUUUAUGGAUGAUCUGGAACGCGUCCGUCCGUUUGAAGAACAAGGCAAUGGUUUUGCCGACGAAUACGAUGUCUGAGCUCUGCGCAAAUUGAUUUCGGUAGGUCGCAUAAUACUGGCAAAGAUUUCCGCGAAAUGCUUUCAGCGUAAUAGCGAGCAGGUUAACAACAAAGAGCGAAUCUCUUUGACCUGAGAGAAUUCAUUCGAGGAAAAUGAGCACUCGAGAUUGCUGCCAGUUUCGUCUGGAACGGAUAAAUAUGCCAGAAGUGAUCCUGUUUGAUAAACCCUACCACACAUACACUUGUGGCAGAGCUAAAGACAAUCAAAUAGUAUGCCUUAGUCUCACAGUGUCUCGACGUCAUUGUAUAUUUUUUCACAGUAAGGACGAGCUGUAUGUUACUGACCUAAAGAGCGCCAAUGGUUUGUUCAUAAAUGGAGUUGCUCAGGAGCCAUUUCAAACAACCAAAUUGCAUCCGAACGAUGUCAUUGGAGUGGGUUGCCCUGAUGUUGACGUGAAAGACAAGAGCAUGUUUGCAUACAUAUUGCGUUUGAUCGUGCAACCACAAACAGUGCCAAGUAACGACGCCACGAGCACCCUUUCAGAAACGGUAUUGAACGAAACGGGCGUGUCUACGCGACGCGCGACAAAUGACGAAUCUGAUUCUGCGAUCAAACGUAAAGGAUUGCAAAAUAUUUAUGAUGUCGAAGUGGUUCCAAGAAAAAUACCUAAAUUGGAUAAUGACGCAGGAUCUUGUUCAAAGAAAAAACCUGUGGAAAAAUAUAGCGAUGCGAUGGAUGAGAACGAUCUUGAAGUAAUCCACGUUUCGUUAAACAACAGUGUGUCAAAAUCGAAUCAUGACAAUUGUGACUCCGGUAUGAAAAAUACCAAAUUAAAUGGUCAAUCGAAUUUAAGCAAACAUGCAGAUUGCGAUAUGUCGAUUGGAAGUCGUAGCGUAGAUGAUCAAAAGUAUUGCGAGUCAUCGACGAACUGUGAAGUAAAACCCGAUGAUCUGAUAAAUUCUAUGAAUUUAGAGUCACUUGUGUUGGGUGAUAUGAAUAGUAGUAUUAAGGACAAACAGAAUUCUGUUGGCAGUUGUAAAAAUACUUUUCAAAAUGUACAGAAGUCGACUGAAAAUAAUCUGUCGAAUAACAAGAAUAAGGAGAAUCUAUUUAGUAAUACCGCUAAGCGUAAAAACAAACAGUCUGAAAACCGAGUGGAAGAUGCCAGUACAAAAGUCAGUUCGAAAAGAAACGAUAAAACUAGUAACGGUGCAAUGUCUUCGAGACUGCCUUCAAGUUUUAUACAUGUUGGCGAUACGGUGAUCAAGCUGGAAGAGGAAUUGCAAUUAACAGAUACAGACGAAGAUGCAAUUUUUGAUUCCACGAACGAUAUUCGCAUACCAAUCGUAUCUCCGAUCAAAUUAAAACAAGUACAACAACAGCCAAAGGCAAAAUUUUCAGAAGAGGAUGUUGUUAACUUAAGCGAUACCGAGGAUGAUAUCUUUCCAUGUUCUCAAUUGUUCGAUAUUGGAUUCGGUGUGAACACGUCGAUCAAACAGGAGGUCAAAAAAGAAGUGAAAGAAGAGGAAGCGGAGGUGGAGCAUGAGCAAUUCAGUAUGCUCGACGACGAGGAUUUAGUCAUCUCGUUAUCGGACAGCGACGACGAAGACAAAAACUGGCUGCGUAGAUUAUCUCGCAGUCAAACAGUGAACGAAGAUGACAUUAAAACGGAGACAAGAGAUGAUUGUAUCAUAAAGGAAGAUAUGGACAUAGAAAUCAUCGACGUUCAAAAGCCCACCGACGCUUUGAAAAAGUCUGUAGACAAAUUGCUGUCGACUAGAAACGAGAGAGCCGAAGCAGAGAAGGACAUGCGAAUAGAAAAAGAAAAGAGAAGUUCUACACACGACGUGGAUGAAGAAAACAAAAGUUUAAACGAGAUGCAUUCGUUGAGAACCUCUCUGGAAAAAGCGGUAAUUGAUUCCGUAGAUCGUGCCGCAAACUCACUGGAGUCGUCCAAUAAAUGUACAACUACCUAUCAAAAAUCCCCCGAAGCCUUGAAACGCAAAACCCUUGGUUUGGAUAAACAUGAAACAGAGAGUCGUUCAACAAGCACAGUGGAACCUGUAACAACAUUUAGGAAGAAGUCGCUUGAGAGGAAAGUACCUCAGAUAGAGCCACUACAUCUGCCUACUACCAGAAGAAGGAGCAUCAGUGCUAAUAGAGUAAAACAAGUUCCUGAGAUAUCUCUUAAAGAGAAAUUGUCUGGCAAGGAGAAGAAGGAAUUGAAAGAGAAAGCUAAGUUAGAAGAAUAUAUGCGAGCGAAGGAUCAAAAGAACCGCAGAGUGCUCAACAAAUGGGCAGACUGCCUCCCUCCGAGCAAGAAGAAAAUUAGUCCGCUCACUAAGGAGGAGAAGAAACAAUUAGCAAACGACAGGAAACAGAAGUUGAAACAAAUUGCCAUGGAAGAAAAGCGAUUGUCCUUGGAGAAUAAUCAAGAGAAAAAACGCAUCGCCACGAAGCCCAAGGCAAAGAUAUCGUUGAAAACGAGGAGCGACUUUCUCGUGGAGGCUACAGUUUCCGCGACGAAAUUAGGUGAGACAAAAGAGAAACCGAAAGCUGUCAAUCGGCCCACGAUAGCGAAUAAUGUCCCAAGUCCGAUAACAUCUGAAAGUACAAAAAGCAAAGAGGCGGUUAAAAAAAUACGGUCUCAUAAUGUUCUUGGCAGAAUACCUAAGAAAAGCGCCGCAGUCAAAACUAAAACGAAUGCUUCGGCUCAAGACGCCCUGGAGGAGGUGAUGUUGUCUCAAAGGAUGAAAAUCAUAGAUAAUAGCGUGAGGGGAACGCAAGCAAAGAAUAAGUCAAAUACAAAUUCAAUCUCAAGUGCCGCUACUGUUCCGGUUUUGAAACCUCUCGGGAAAAUGUCAAAGAAACGCGUAUCGUUUUCUACGGAGAUCAAGACUGUACGCGAAUAUGAAAUCGACGAGUCGAACGUCUUGAAGAAACUCACAGGAAAGGACGCGCCUCUGCCUGUCAGACCUAUGAAGAAACUAGCGGAGAACGAAAUGACAAAUCAAUUUUUAUUGCGUAUCUUUUCAUGGAACCCAGUUUGGUUGGAGGAGCAGCAGCGUUUGAAUAGCACCGCGCCCGUUGUUCGUGACGACGAGCUUCAUGUGAUGCUGACGCAUUAUAAGUCAUACGAAGAGUAUUACAGAAUUAUGUCACCUCUUCUGCUGUUAGAGACCUGGUACGGAAUAACGAAAGAGUUUCAAACUAUCGAUAAGAAUUGUAGACGACCCACUCUGAUGUGUUCAAUCGUUGAGAACUCCAUUGAAACGACUUCGCCGUCCCCUAAUGUGCAGUUUACCACCUUGAUGCUUGAGGUAUUGGUUACGAGAGAGGACCUACAGAAGCAGGCGCACCCCACUUACGGGGACCUGGUGUUCUUUGAAUACACCAGGAAUCAACAAAAAGGACAGACGUUCCAUAAAGUGUUCGCCUACGUGGAGAAUGUUCAUAAUACUACGCUGUCAGACUGGACGUAUUACAACAAGGAGUUAGCCAACUACGUGCGGAGACCUUACGCCUUGAUAACGUAUACAGUACAGACAAGACGCUUAGAAUCAAACAUUCUGGUGAAUAAAGUUAGAAGAUUGAGAAGCGUAACGUACCUGCGUCCCAAUUUACGAAUGGUGCAGGCUCUGGAGUAUCUUCCUACAUCGCCGGUGGUGAACUUAAUUUUGAAUCCCAAAAUCGAGCAAUACCAUUUACCUAAUGUUUUUAUCCAACCCGAGCAACUGUUUACUCGGGACAAGCUGAAUCCAAAGCAGCUAGAGGCUGUGUUCAAGGUGACUGAGACUAUAGUACAAAAGCAGGCGAAACUGUGUUUCAUACAGGGACCACCUGGUACGGGCAAGUCAAAGGUUAUUGUAAAUAUAGUGAGUCAAGUGUUGUAUGGAAACAACAGAUACGUGAGUAAUGAGAGCCCCUUGAAGAUACUAGUCUGUGCCCCGUCGAACGCUGCUAUCGACGAGAUCACUUUGAGGCUACUGCAAAUCAGGUCCAGCAUGAAGCAGAAACGGUUUAAGAUGGUAAGGAUCGGUCGGUCGGAGGUAAUGCAUCCCACCGUCAAGGACAUCUCUGUGGUCGAGCUAGCCAAGCGGGACAUGAAGAAAACGCAAACCACCUCGAUGAAUACACCGUUAGACAGCGUAGAAGAGGAAAAGACUCUUCUCGAGUCAAAAAUUAACAAGCUGAAGUGUGAAAUAGCAGGCACGCACAACAUGGAAGAGGCAUACAAGGAACAUCUGAAGAUGAGGUUGGCGGACAUGAUCGUCAAGUAUGAACUGUUGAAAAAUCGUAGACCGCUGAAUGAAAAGAACUCGAAGGAGUUUGCUAGGAUACAGCGAUCUGCUGAGAACAGGGUCCUUAGCCACGCGGAUAUUAUAACUUGCACUUUGUCAUCGUGUUAUAGCAAGCAGAUGGAAUCCCUUUUUGUUACCAAUAAAAAGGGGAUAUCAGUCUGUAUUGUGGACGAAGCCACGCAGAGUAUCGAAACAGAAACUCUGAUACCGCUGAUGCUAGGUGUGAAUACAUUGGUUUUGGUUGGCGAUCCUUAUCAGCUACCUGCCACAGUUCUGAGUCCUCAAGCGAAGAAAAUGGGAUUGGAUCAGUCCAUUUUCUCAAGGGUUCAAAACGCUUUUGAAAUGAAUCCGAUCAAUCCCAUGAUCAUGCUGGAUACUCAGUACAGGAUGCAACACGACAUUUGUUCGUGGCCUAACAAGUUCUUCUAUGCUGGGAAAUUGAAGACAGCCGUAAUGCGCGACGAUGAGUUCCCAUUCCACUCGUACAGAAUUUUCCAUGUCAAUACCAUCCAGAACAAUGAUAACUUCUCGAAUACCAAUGAGGCCCAGUUUGUAGCCAAUAUGAUACACUCGAUGCUGACGCACGCCAAUUUGGAUGGCUACGACUUCAUUUCCUAUGGCAUUCUUACGCCAUACAACAACCAGAAACACGUGAUACUGAAGAAAAUCAAUGAAAAAAUGUUGUCACUGUCGGAAAAUCUCAGGAAAAAAAUUAAAUUUGAAGUGAACACGGUUGACGGCUUUCAAGGACAAGAACGAGAUGUAAUUAUUAUGUCAUGCGUACGAAGCCAGAAAAUUGGUUUUUUAUCUGAUAGGCAAAGACUAUGCGUUGCCCUUACACGAGCCAAACACAGUCUAAUAAUCUGUGGUAACUUCAGCGUGUUUAACAAAGACCCGAUGUGGAAUGCGCUAUUGACUGAUGCAAGAUCGAGAAAAAUAUAUUUUAACAUAAAUGCUCAAGCAGAUCCUCACGAGAUUAAACAACAUGUUGUUAAGAGAUUUAGUAGUUAAUGUUCAAAUUGUACAUUUGUAAAUCACGUAUCACCGAAACUUUACUUGCUCCUCUGUAAAAUACAUCUAAUGUAGAUUGUUAUUAAUUUUUCUACGUCAUUGCUUUUUUAAAUAAAUACAUUUUUGUGAAGAAUGCAGGAAGUGCUGCGAAACAUCCACGCCACAAUUAAAUGUGUUCAUACAAAUGAUUACAAAUAUAAUAAUGUACAGCA